AUGGCGCAGCCUCGUUUCGGUGGUACAGUCACCUUCGGCGGAUCCCCAUUGGUUGUCCCCAUUGCUACACAAGCGGCUGCUCCCUUCGCAAUGCGCGAGUCCCCACACGAGCAGUCAGAUGGAACUUCAAAGAAACGGAAGAGAUACUCGGCCAUUAAAUCCAUGCGCAAAGGGCAGCACGAAGUGAGCUCAAAUGAGGCGAAUGGAACGGAAGAUGAGGAAUGUGAAAGCAAGAAAGCUCCCAUAGGCCUCCUCGACCUCCCGGUUGAGCUCUGGCGACAGAUCGUGGAUGAGGCCAUCGAGGAGAAAGAAAUGAGAAUCCUCCACAAGCUGGACACGAAGCGCAUCGCAGCCGAAGUCGCGCAACCUGGCAUCCUCCGCGUGUGCAGGGUCAUUCGAGAAGAGUACCUGCCGCUGUACUACAAGCGCACGACUUUCGUUGCUGAAUCCUACAUUCACAAGCGCCAGGAGCUAUGCCAAUGGCUGACAGCGAUCGGACCUUCCAACCGACUGUACAUGAAGAACCUCUAUGUCAGAGACUCAGGGAGCCAGCUGAAGCGGCAUAUCUGGCGGGUGUUGCGCGGAGAAGAUCAGGAGGACCGGACGAUUGUUGCGGCGAUGGAGGUGGUUUUGCACGACAAAGCCUACGCGCAUGUGACCUUCACGUGGAGGGCGAGGUCCAAUGCCGAAGAGGGUUUGCCGGCGAGGUGGUAUGGUAGAGAACAGAGGGAACAGAGGAGGCUGCUGGAGGUGAUGCCGAUGUUCCCUGAAGCUGAGGCAGAGGAUGGUGGUCUGGUCCCAGUGGGUGGCAGUCGGCGUAGCGGGGCCUUUGCGCUGCAGACUAUGUAG